AUGGCGGACUACAGCAGCGUGGCUCCCCCGUCCAGCGGUGGCGGAAUGAAUGACGCUUUUAAAGACGCUUUGCAGCGAGCAAGACAGAUUGCAGCAAAAAUCGGCGGCGAUGGCGUUGCGGCCCCCCCGACGGGCGAGUUUGGCUACGGAGGUCAAAAAAGGCCCCUGGAGGACGCUGGUGGGUAUUUUCCCAUGCCUAACCUGAAUAUCGACCAACCAGAGACUAAGAAAGUGGCGACCAAUGAUGCUUUUUCGGCUAUGGGAGCGAUGGGCGGCCCCCCGAGAUCGGUUUCAGAGGAAUUCAAAGUUCCUGAUGGAAUGGUUGGAUUCAUUAUUGGAAGAGGCGGCGAACAAAUCUCGCGUCUGCAGCAGGAGUCUGGAUGCAAAAUACAGAUUGCUCCUGACAGUGGAGGCAUGCCUGAUAGGUCAGUUACUUUGACAGGAGGAGCUGAUGCAAUCCAGACGGCCAAAAGGCUGCUGACAGAAAUUGUCGAGAAGGGACGACCGUCCCCGGCGUUCCACCACAAUGACGGCCCGGGCAUGACAGUACAGGAGAUUAUGGUCCCUGCCUCUAAAGCCGGCCUUGUCAUUGGCAAAGGUGGGGAGACGAUCAAGAGCCUUCAGGAAAGAGCUGGAGUGAAAAUGGUCAUGAUUCAAGAUGGCCCCCAAAACACAGGCGCUGACAAACCUCUCCGUAUAUCGGGAGAACCCUUUAAAGUUCAGCAAGCCAAAGAAAUGGUGAUGGACCUCAUCAGAGACCAGGGUUUCAGAGAGCAGAGGGGCGAAUACGGCUCCAGAAUCGGAGGUGGCGGCGGUGCCGGGGGUGAAAGUUUAGAUGUUCCGGUUCCUCGGUUCGCAGUCGGGAUUGUCAUCGGCAGGAACGGAGAGAUGAUUAAGAAGAUCCAGAGCGACACGGGGGUCAGGAUCCAGUUCAAACCAGAUGAUGGUAGUGCACCAGACAGAAUAGCACAGAUCAUGGGUCCUCCUGAGCAGGCUCAGCACGCAGCAGAGAUCAUUUCUGACCUGCUGAGGAGUGUUCAAGCUGGUGGGCCUCCUGGUCACGGUGGUGGUGGCGGCAGAGGCCGAGGACGCGGGCAGGGCAAUUGGAACAUGGGGCCGCCUGGUGGCCUUCAAGAAUUUAGCUUCACUGUACCGACCAUGAAGACCGGCCUCAUUAUUGGAAAAGGUGGUGAGACCAUUAAAGGCAUCAGCCAACAGUCAGGAGCCAGGAUUGAGCUCCAGAGGAAUCCUCCUCCCAACUCGGACCCUAACGUCAAGAUGUUCACCGUAAGGGGCUCACCCCAGCAAAUCGACUAUGCCAGGCAGCUGGUAGAGGAGAAGAUUGGGGGACCCGUCACUCCAAUGGGUGGCCCCCAUGGGCCCCCUGGUCCACAUGGAGGUCCAGGCCCACAUGGUCCUCCAGGCCCUCCAGGACCCCCUGGUGCCCCCAUGGGUCCCUACAACGCUGGGCCUUACAACCAGGGACCCCCAGGACCGCAUGGUCCCCCUGCACCUUACCAGCCUCAGGGGUGGGGCAACGGUUACCCUCACUGGCAGCAGGGACAGCCUGAUCCAAGUUCAGACAAAGCAGCAGCUGACGCUAAUGCCGCUGCGUGGGCGGCCUACUACGCCCAGUAUGGCCAGCAACCUCAAGCGCCCAUGACGCCCACUGGUGGAGCACCGGGUGCCACUCAGUCAAAUGGUCAAGGUGACCCACAGGCUGCAGGUCAGAGUGGACAGGCAGAUUACACCAAGGCCUGGGAGGAUUAUUACAAGAAAAUGGGUCAACAGAAUCAACAACCUCAGGACUACACCAAAGCCUGGGAAGAGUAUUAUAAGAAACAAGGUCAAGCGGCCCCUCAGGCGGCAGCACCCGCGGCCGCUGCGGCUCCCACCACACAACCUGGCGGCCAGCCCGACUACAGUGCCGCCUGGGCCGAGUACUACCGGCAGCAGGCAGCCUACUACGGCACGGGCAACCCUCAGACCAUGGGAGCGGCCCCGCAAGCGCCUCAGUGUUCCCCCCCAACUCCCCCAGACCUUGCACCUUAG